UGGAGUUGAGAAUGAAGUUAGCUACGCUGUACAAGUAACAUUUUUUUUUAGUUUGUAGUUUGCGAGUUCACGACUGUGUUUAGAUUUGUCGGGUCCUAAAACCUGUGGCAUUCUUCUCGUUAAAAGGUGUCGUCACUGAAUAUUUGUUUUGCUAUCGAAGUGAUAAGUUCAUUUAACGUCGUGUAUAAUCAUAAUAUUUCAUGUACGGGAGUGAAGUGCAAAUGUUCUAGGUUGGUGAAAUAAUGACGAGCAGUGCUUAUAUCGCUUUGUAGCGAUGUGUGGUUUUAAUACAUUAAGUUGAUUGUGAUUUCAAAAUUCAUGGUGUAUCCAAUAAAAUUAGUGUCGUUUAUAGAAUAUAUUUCGAAUCAUAGGGACCAUAAACGAGCAGACGGAUUCUAUCAUGGUCGUAAAACGUGCUGCGGACAGUGCGGAAUCACCUAUUUUGGAGGAAGCCGGCGAGAGCGGUUCUGAACAGAAGCCAAAGCCUCUCGUCAAAUAUGGCGAGCUCGUCAUACUUGGAUACAACGGUUACCUACCCGCUGGCGAGCGCGGCCGCCGCCGGAGCAAAUUCGUGCUCUACCGGCGGCCACAGGCCAACGGCGUGCGGCGCUCCAAGCACUACGUAGUCAAGACCCCGCACAGCAGCAAGGCCAUCCUCGACGCCAGCCAGCACUCGAUCUCGUACACGCUGAGCCGCAGCCAGGCGGUCAUCGUCGAGUACACGGAGGAUCCCGACACUGAUAUGUUCCAGAUCGGUAGGUCGUCAGAAUCGCCGAUCGACUUCGUGGUAAUGGACACAGUGGCAGGCGACAAGAGCGGCGACACGAAAGUGCUACAGAGCACCAUAUCGCGGUUCGCGUGUCGCAUCAUCGCCGACAGAGAGGACGUCAACAACUGUCGCAUAUAUGCCGCUGGGUUCGACUCUUCUAGAAAUAUAUUCCUUGGGGAAAAAGCAACGAAAUGGACAGAGAAUCACGAGAUCGACGGUCUGACGACGAACGGCGUUCUCAUGAUGCACCCGCGCGGUGACUUCUGCGGCGGUAGCGCCACCUGCGGCCCGUGGCGCGAGACUUCAGUCGGUGGCGCCGUCUUCUCGCUAAGGGAGAGUCGCUCCGCGCAGCAGAAGGGUCUCCCAUGCCAGUCAGAAAGCAACGUGCUCCGGGACGGGACCAUGAUUGACUUGUGCGGAGCCACGCUACUAUGGAGGAGUGCCGAGGGACUCAAGAAUUCACCUACAAAACGUGACCUGGAAGCUUUAGUAGACGCACUGAACGCGGGUCGGCCACAAUGUCCUGUAGGGUUGAACACGUUGGUGAUUCCACGCAAGCUGUCUUCAGCCCAACAGGACCUCAACCAGCCCUACGUGUACCUCAACUGCGGGCACGUGCAAGGGGAGCACUCGUGGGGCGCGGAGAGCAGCGAGACGGGGCUCCGCAAGUGCCCGAUGUGCAUGACGCCGGGGCUCGUGGUGCGCGUGUGCAUGGGCAUCGAGCCCGCCUUCUAUGUGGACGCCGAGCCGCCCACCUACGCCUUCAACCCCUGCGGACACAUGGCCUCCGAGCGGACCGUCAAGUACUGGGCGAGCGUGGACAUCCCGCACGGCACGAACGGCUUCCACGCCAUCUGCCCGUUCUGCGCCGCGCCGCUGCAGGGCACGCCGGGCUACGUGCGCCUCAUCUUCCAGGACAACCUCGACUGAACGUGCCAGGUCCUGUAGCAGGCGUUUCUUAAUUAUAAAUAAAAGGGCCUUUUAUUUAACAAUUAACAAGAUUAUUACGGAGCGGCAGGCGGUGACGUCAGGCCGCGAGGAAGUUAUACAUAUACGAGCGGUCACUAAGAUCAUAAAUAUGUUAACAAAUAUGUUCAAAAUGUACCUAAAGUAAGGACAAUUUCGUACAUGGACCCGUCUAUCUCUAUCGCACGCGUAUUGUAUUGCUGUCCCGCCGAUGAUGCCGGCGGUCAAUGCCACUGUGCGAGACAGCAAUAAAAUUAUGCACGUGCGAUAGGGAUAGGAAAAUCCGGUUCAAUGUACGAAAUUCUUCACGCAUAGCGUCCUUUACACAUAUUUAUGACCUCAGACCGAGCAAGGUUAUAUGCUCCCGAUUUGAGAAUGUUCUCAUGACCUUUAAAUUAUGCACUAAUACCUAAUAUCCUAUUUUUUAAAUGGAAUCUCACUUCUAUCUUUUUCCAUAUUUCGACAUAGCUGUAACGCAGAGGCUUUACUCAAACCAGAGACGAGUUGAAUAUAGACUGUUAAUAUCAAGUUAUUAUUGCGCAUAGUCGUUUUCGAAAUGUAGAGUUAACAGUCUUUAUGUAAAUUGUUUCUGCAAAAAAACGCUAUACGAAUGAAUGUAAUACAUACUGUGAAAAAUGAAGUGAUUUAAUUUGUUCACGAGACGCAAAAUAAAUAUUUAUAAUGUGUGUUACGUUUAUAAAAUCGAUGUGUUGAUGGUGUCUGUAUGUUUAAUGUGUCGUUCUUAAGGUACCACUUUAUCAACUGUCAAAGACUUAAAAGAAAGAUGCACUUUGAAAUAGUCCUUAUUGACGUGCGAGGAAGUGCUACCUUUUGCCUGAAAACGUCACAAAUAGGUAUUAUAAAAUGUUCGGCUAAUGAAGAAUAUUUAUUUGUUAAUGUCAAGAUGUAAGAUAAUGAUGCGGAGAAAAUGCGAGAAACUACAAAAAAAGUAUUUAAUGCUUUGUAUAUUGCUCUGUCUUAUUUUAAAAUGAUUAUGAAUGGAAUAUAUAAGAAAGAUUAUAAUGGAAUAACAGUACAGCAAUAUAA